GUUUUGUUUUCGUUUAAUAAAUUGGGGAUUCAUUCGAGCAUUUCCUCGAACACCUUUCCUACAAUCCCUUUUUUUCAACAAGCUUCUGUGUUCUCUUAUUGCGAAUUCCCAACGCCCCGUUAGAUUUUGAUUCAUUUCGUUUGUGGUUGAAUUCGUGCAGCAUCUCAGCCCAGCGAGGUCGAGGCCUCCGCUAAGGUAAUAGACGGAAAAUUGGUGGCCCAGCAAAUCAGAGAAGAGAUAGCCGCUGAAGUAACCAGGAUGAAGGAUGCGAUUGGAGCUGUUCCUGGGCUUGCAGUGAUCCUCGUUGGGGACAGGAAGGACUCCGCGACUUACGUGCGGAACAAGAAGAAAGCUUGCGAAUCUGCUGGGAUCAAUUCUUUCGAAGUGCGCCUGCAGGAGGAUUCGGCGGAGGCUGAAGUUCUCAAGCACAUCGCGGCUUUCAAUGUGAUGACCCUGCAGUUCAUGGCAUUCUUGUCCAGUUGCCCCUACCAAAGCAUAUGAAUGAAGAGAACGUCUUGAAUGCUGUCAGCAAAGGUACUACUAGUCAUUACAAAAUGAUUGUCUCUUUAUUUUAGUAAUUAUAGUGCACAUCUCAUAUGACUAAUUGAUUUUAUAUCUUAUAGGUAAGUAUUAUGUUGUUGAUUCUGGAUGUGCAAACAUUCCUGGGUUUCUAGCGCCAUAUAAGACAAAAGAAGCACGUCAUUUUCAAGAUAUCGAUCGUGGAGGUGGACCAAAGACUCGUAAACAACUUUUUAACCAUUAUCAUUCAUCUCUACACAAUGUUAUCGAGCGUUGUUUUGGAGUUUUGAAGGCUAUAUUUCCCAUUUUGAAGCAUGUGCCUCCUUUCGCUCUCAAGAAACAAGCACACAUUGUUCUUGCAUGUUGUGUUAUACAUAACUUUAUUAGGAUCCACUCUGGUGACGACACUCUGUUUGAAGAAUAUCAAAAUUAUUGCACGGGGGAGAAUGCCAAUGGAGUGCAAGGAGGACAAGAACGAGAAGCGUAUAAUCAUAGUUCAAGCCAAACUCGAGCGAUGGAUGUACGACGAGAUGGAAUAGCAGACAAGUUGUGGGAUGACUUUCAAGCUGGACUUAUUUGAAUUUUUAUGUUGUACUAGUACUUAAUUAAUAUAAGAUGUUGUACUUGUAUUCUAUUUAUUUGUAGUUUAAAAACUAUUUAAUUCAAAUUAAAAAUUAUAAUCAUGUCUAGGGUUGUAUGAUAAUCAAG